UUUUUAUUAGCUGAACUGAUACUCAUUGCAUCUGUGUUCCUACUCACACAGAUAUACUAAAAGUUAUUUUGCAGCUUCAGUUCAUUUCUUUGUUGAGUUCACUGCAAAAUAGCACAUCAAAUCACUCUGGGGACGGUGUUGGUGGUUUCAGGGGGAAAAAAACAGCUCUGAUCAACCACAUAGCAGCUUCAUCAGUGUAACUCUCCAAAACCACAGAGGCUAUGGACAAAGACAGAAAGAUGAUGAUAAUGGGCCUGCUUCUGGCAGUGAUCAGCAGCCCAGUGUUGACUGAAGAUUGGAAGGCCAACGUCAUAAAGAGUCUUGAGGCUCUGGUCUCAUCCUGUGUUGUGGUUCCCUGUUCGUUCACCCAUCCUGAAGGAAACCUACCCACCUCCAAACUCAGAGGGAUCUGGCAUAUUUCAAGCAAUAGAGAUCAGCGCAUCUAUUUUGAGGACAGCACGACUGUCACAGAAAGUUUUAGAGGGCGCACAAAGUUGUUGGGGCAUCUGGGUGAAGGCAACUGCACCUUAGAAAUCACUGACGUCAAAGACCAUGACAACGGACCUUUCUGUUUCCGGAUUGAACUAGCACCAGUAGCGGGCAGUACACUUGAGAAGUUCUCCUUCGUUGAAGAUUGUGUUGGAUUGAAAAUGCUACCUGAUCCUCCAAAGCCCACACUGACCCACUCAAAGACAGCCCUCCAAGGAUUUCCCUUCACUGUCACUUGCACAGUGUUCCACACCUGCCCCUCCCAUGACCCCAAACUCACAUGGAGCAGGGGCACAGCAGAGGGGAUCACUGAGGCCCGUAGACAAAGUCAUUCAGGCAUCUGGGAGGUUCAGUCCAUCCUCACGUUCAUCCCUGAGGAGAAGGAUGAUCACUCUGAGCUUACCUGCACAUCCACUUUUAAUGGAGGGAGGAAAUCAUCUGAAGUGCUCACAGUCUAUGUCAAACGUAAAGAAAGCUACAACCACAUCAUCAUUCCCACAGUGGUGGCUUUUGGUACCGCUGUGAUCUUUUCAGUCUUUUGCAUAUUCAUGGUGAAAAAAUACAAGACACGCAUUGCAGAGCUACAGAAUCAGGAUGGCAGCAUGUUGAACCGGCUGUCCAGGAUGUCACGAAGGAUCCGUUCUAACGACCCAGGACCCUCUCGUUCUGACCAAAGAAGAUCUAUUUGGAGCAGAUUUUCAAGGAGGCCUAGAGCGGGUGUAGUGGAUCAGAUGCCUAACAACGCGAGUUCUAAAACUUGCAAUGACCAGACAUUCUCCAAGCCUCGUUUCCCAUCCCCCAAAAGUCAGCAAAAGUCCCACAAUUACAACCAGGAGUGUGAUGAUGGAGAUGACUAUGUAAACAGCGCAGAUCUCAACAUCUAUGGAAACGUAUGAGAGAAAUGUAGCCCCCUAAGCCCGAUCAAAGCACACUGCAGCUCUAAAUAUGCUCAUUAUGAUUUGUAUUAAUUGCUUGUAAUCAUGGCGGUAUUAUUACUCAUGAAUACAGAAUGAUCUCUGUGCCAAACAACGUUGAAUUUUGUGAAUGAUCAUUUCAUUGUAUAAUUUUGAAUGUAUAUGUCUUUAGGCUUUUCUUGUUUUCUUUAUAAUUAUUGUGAUAAAUUAGUACAAUGCCUUCUGCACUGCAAAUAUGCCGUUUUCCUCAGCUAAUGUGAGGUAAGACUUGCUGUCACCAUUGUUUGCUGUGAAACUUAAUCCCAGUACUACGAUGAGAUACAAUAAAGAGAAAAUACCAAGGAUAUAAAUGAGAAGAACAAGGAUGGAUAAGAGUUUAACUGAAUAAAGUCACUUAUGGGAG